UUUUUCUAAAUUUAAUAAAAGAAAAUGUGGUGGAAAAAACUUUGGUGUCCAGCUCUUACUACUGGUCUGUUUUGGGCUACUAUAUAUUCCAGUGGACCGAUUAAUAAGUUGGAAGUUGAUCGCUGGAAUAGAAGAUUCUUUUCUGGGCACGAUAAAAGUAUGACGUAUUUGAGAGAUAUUCACUUGACAGGGGAUGAAUAUGUUAUCUCUGGUCUUGAUACUAUUGGUGAGGCGGAAUAGAAGCAAGAAGAAAUUUGAGGAAAAAUACACUAGGCAUCUGUAAUUGUGGUUAUUGUGAAUAAAACUCUUAUUUUAGCCUUUUGUCUUUUGUCAAUAUGAUUUUUGAUAUUCAUUAGAUAUUUUGAAAUUUUUCUUUAUUUUACCUUUUUAUGUCUGCGUCUCUCAUUGUUUAGUGUUAUCUAACAAUGAGGUGAGGCGAAAGACAACACUUUUCCCAACAGUACCAAUUGUUGGUUACCCUUUUUUAUUCCUUUACCCGGUGUACCGUUUUGUCGCAUGCCAUAUUGUCUCUUUAUGUUAUAGAUUAUGUGAUUUGAUGAGAGACGCUUACAGUUAGAGUAUUUUCGCGCGUUUAA